CCAGUCUGUGGGUCUGGUAUAAAAGGAAAGGGUUAAACCAGGUAGGGUACAGUUUGGUGCAAGAGCAAGAACAGCAGCAGUUCCAACAGCAGCCCACUGACCAGCAAAAUGACUUCCACUGGAAUGAACAUGAUGAGCAAGAUCAUCUUCUACGAGGAGAGGAACUUCCAGGGUCGUUCCUAUGAGUGCAUGAGCGACUGCCCAGACAUGUCCUCCUACCUGAACAGGUGCCACUCCUGCAGGGUGGAGAGAGGUUGCUUCAUGGUGUACGACCGCACCAACUACAUGGGCAACCAGUACUUCAUGAGGAGGGGCGAGUACGCCGACUACAUGAGCAUGAUGGGCAUGAGCGACUGCAUCAGGUCUUGCCGCAUGAUUCCCAUGCACAGGGGAUCCUACAGGAUGAGGAUCUACGAGAGGGAGAACUUCGGAGGUCAGAUGUAUGAGCUGAUGGACGACUGCGACAACAUCAUGGACCGUUACCGCAUGUCCAACUGCAUGUCCUGCAAUGUGAUGGAGGGCCACUGGCUGAUGUACGAGCAGCCCCACUACAGAGGCAGGAUGAUGUACAUGAGGCCCGGCGAGUACAGGAACUUCAUGAACAUGGGCGGAAGCGGCAUGAGGUUCAUGAGCAUGAGGCGCAUCACCGACUCCUGCUAUUAGACUCUCUUUGCACUGAAUAAAGCUGUCAUAACCUGAA